GCCACGUGACGGCGGCGGUCACGUGACGCGGCCAAGAUGGCGGCGCUGAGGGCGGUCCGGGGGUCCCGGGGCGCCCCCGCCCUUCGCCCCCCGCCGGGGCAGAGGCGGGGCAGCUCCGGGGGGCUCCGGGCGCACCUGGGCAGGUGGGGGCAGCACCUGGAGGCGGCCGCGGGCUGGGCCGAGCGGUGGCGGCUGCGGAACCUGAACGCGCCCCGCCCCACCCUUCGCCUCACUCCUGACAUCGCCGCUGCCGAGUUCACCUUGUCCUGCGGGGGCGGGGUCAGGUUUUUGGGGCAGCCGCGCUGGCUCCGCCCCGGCGCUCUCCGGGAGCUGCCCCGGCUGCGGCACCUGCCCGUGGUGGGCGUCGACCUGAGCGGGACCCCCGUCACCUACGGGGGCCUGGACAACCUGGUGUCCCUGGCACACCUGGCACACCUGGAUCUCUCGGGCUGUCCCCACCUGUCCGACUGGGCCCUGGGCCGGCUCCACGUCUUCAGCGGCACCCUGCAGCACCUGGCGCUGGCCCGGUGCCCCCAGGUGAGCGAGAGAGGCCUGGCGGCGCUGCACCACCUCAGCUCCCUGCGCUCCCUGGAUCUCUCCGGAAUUCCCGUUCCCAGCCCCGGGCGGUUCCGGGCUCUGCUGGAGGCGGCGCUGCCGGGAUGUCGCAUCCUGGGCCUGGAGGAGCCCCGGGAAUGAGUCAUUAACUUAAUUAACUUAAUUAACUUAAUUAAAAUAAAUAAAUAAAA